AUGCCUGGUGGCGCGACGCCGCGGAGCCCUCGGCCCGAUGCGGCGGCCGAGGGCCCCGAAUCGGCCGCGAAGAAGGCCGAGUGGCUCCGCACGCGGCAGGUUCUUGCACAGCGAGAGCGCGCGCUCGAGUCGGCUGCGCGUGUCCGCGCAACAGGCGGGCUGGAAGCCGAGCUCCGCCCCCUCGGACAGGAGGCGCUGAGGCUCGAGAACGAGCGGGAAUGCCUGUCCACGCAGCUUGUCGCGAGUCUCCACGAGGCCCAGACGCUCCUGGCGCGCAUGUGCGGCCUCCUCGACGACGUCCAGCCAGGCGACCGCUACAUCGACCAGCUCGCGCGCGUCAUGAGCGCCGGAGAGGCCGCCAUUGCGGGCACCAAGGCCGAACAGCGGCGCGAGUUCGACCUCCUGAUGCGCCAGGAGCGCGCCCUGGACCGCGAGCUCGAGCUCUUCGUGCAGCGAAGCACCGGGCCCGCGUGGGACACCGCGCCGCCCGUGCCCGCGCGCGCUGCGUCGCCGCGGGGACCCCCCCGGCUCGCUGCAGCGCAGCCUGACUCAGCCGAGGCGGGGGGGUUGCACCCUGACGUGGCGGCGUACGAGGCGUUCGAGGAGAAGCACGGGCCGCUCGGCGGGUGGCAUCCGGACGACCACGCGCAGUGGUGUGCGAUUCUGAAGGCCUGCGGUCAGGAGUAUGACACGGCGGUGGAGGUGGCGGUGGGGCGGCUGGCGGGGGUGUCCCGGGACGCCGUCGUGGCGCACGCGCGGUGGCACGCGGAGCACGAGGACCUGUCGUACCGGAAACGCCACGCGCUGCAGCUGUGGCGCAUUCGGAGGAUCGAGGAGAAGGAGGCGCGCGCCGCCGCGGACGAGGCCGCCGCGGCGAAACCGGCCCUCUCCGGCACCGCAGCGGCCAGCGCGCUCGAGGAACAGGAGCGCCGCGCCCUCGAAAAAGCCGCCGUGCGCGAGUGGCGUGCGCAGCAGCGCGCAGAGGCGGAGGAGCGCGCGCGCGCGGCGCGCGAGGCCGAGCGGCGGCGCCGGCGCGAGGAGGCCGAGCGUCUCCGCGAACGUCAGCAUUCGAAUCAGCGGCUCCUCGAGGCCGCAGCAGCGGAGCGCGCCGCGCGGGCGCGCGCGGAGCGGGCGGCGCGCGUCGCCGCGGGCGACGUCGGCGAGGCGGCGGACUCCCCCCCGCGGCCCGCGACAGCCCCGGAGGUGUUAUUGAAACGCCACCGUGAGAACAUCAACCGCGCGCUGCGGCGGCGCGAGCAGGUGGAGGGUCUGCGCGGGCCGUCGCUCGGCGAGCGGCUGGAGAAGCAGCGAGCGGAGAUGGGGCCGCGGGUGGAGGCGAAGCGGGACAGCGCGCGAGUGCUGCGGCCGACGUCGGCGGCGACGGCGCGCAGGGAGGCCGGACGCGAGGCGGUGACCGUGGGGAACAUCCGGCACGUGCAGCACCGGAUCGUGCCGGCGUGGCGGCAGAAGGCGUGGUAG